AUGGCGAUAGAGACUGCAUAUUCAAACGCUAAAGAGCAAAACUACCGAAGCGCCGCUCGACAAGUCCGGAUCCGAGCAAAUGAUCUAGAUAAGACACUUGAGCCCAAUACAGCAGAACCUGCUUGUGUUAAUGUGCAACAAAAUGAGGUGCAGGUUUCCCAGAUCUCAACCCAACAUGAAAAUAAUGAGGACCAUAUUUCUGAACCACCAAGCUCUAGCAGCAACCUCAUGCUCAGCAUAAGUACAAUUGCCUCAGCAAUUGCUGAUGCAUCUCUCAGCUCAGAUCCUGCCCAGCUUGGUGCCAUGAUAGUGGAGCUGUCUCAACAGAUGCACUCUAAAAGUCACCAGCAAGAAGAAGACCUGAUAAGAAACCCUGUUGCAGCCUUACAACUAAAUAGUUUAUUCGAAGACCUGCAGAAGACCACGUUAGUGGGAGACGGUAGUGUUUCUGACAUGGAGAAAUAUCUUAAGAGGGCUGAGGUCUCCUGUAGUGACAGCGAUGAAUCUUCUUCACAGUCCUGUUUUGACAUCCUCACUUUGGCUGAUAGUUUGGCUAAUUCUAACAAUCAGAUUGAACAGCAGUUGGCUCCUCUGAAAAAUACUACCAUGUAUAAAAAUGAAGAGCUUUCAGUUAUGGAAGAGCAAGAAGUAAGCAAAAAAUUUCAGGUUCUUGCAGGUAAGGUGUUCAAAAAUCCAAGGUCUGAUGUCAAACGUAGUGCAAUUCCUCGACCUAAGUCAAGCAGUUUACCAACUGCCACUGCAAAUCCAGCCAAUAGAUCCGUAGGUUCUGACAAGCGGCCAUCAUCUUACAUGCCUGUUAAAUUAAAACCUUUUGGUUCAAAACCAACCAAUACUGGCCAUUGUGCAAUAUCAUCAAACUCUAAGGGUGUUCCUGAAUCCAACAUCAAAACAAAAACUGCUCCAUCACAAAUGUUAACGUCAGCCACUGGUAGCCAUUCUGUGAAAGGUGACAAAUCUUUGUCAACUUCUACUCUGAAAACCUUGCCUGGGCUUCAGAAUGAUGGGCACUCAGAACUGUCAUUGUUGCAAACCUCCCCACACAAACCUAGAGGCCAGCCAAACAAACCUGUUAUUAACCAGGCACAGUUACCCAAAGUACCUAAAGCUACUCUGUCAGAUUCAAAAGAGAAAAAUGAAACUAUUGAUUCUAACGAUGACCUGCCAGGAACACAGGAACAAUUUGGCUCACCUGAGAACAGUGCCCCCAGUUCAAUGGAAGUCACCAAUUGUAAUUUCAGGCCAUCUACCUCUCCUCUUACCCACUCUAGUCCAAGCCAGUCCUCAAUCCAAAGUGGAUAUGGGGAGACAUUUUCAUGCUCGCCCACCAGUGAGAUGGCUCAGAAAAGUCCUGCUGGAGAUCCAUGUUCCCCCCAGUCUCAUUGUUCAAGCCCAUCUAUUAGCAGACUGACUUACCUCUCAAUUAAUGAGAACACCUGCGUGCCCACCCCUGAUCACCAUAAGAAAAAUACCUCAAUGUCACUUAGCACCACUAUUAUCAGUGCCAGCCCAACUCCACCAAUGGAACCAUUCAAUAAUGAUAUUGUUCUGAGAUCUAUGAAGAGUGCUGAACCCCUUUGCCAUUCUGAAGUUGCAGGCCUCAACUUAAAAACCCCAUUACUGGAUGUACGCAGCAAAAGUGAAAGUGAACUCAAUGAAAAUGCAUACAACGACAAUCGUCAGUCAGAGCCUGGCUCGAAUAUGUAUGCUCAAGGAGACUCUGGGUACUCUAGCAAGCUAAACAAUCAGCAUCUUCCUGGGACAGCAAUAGAACAGACGCACCAAGCGUUGCCUCAAAUCUUGGGGUGUGGGUCUUGUUUUAGCAAAUCCGAUGAAUUGACACAUGGGUCAGUCCAGGGCUACAACUCUCAGUGUGUCCUCACAAACCUUCCCAAUUUCUUGACAGAGCAUUCUCUCUUCAGUUCCCACCUGGCAAAGAGGUAUCUGAGUGCAGAAGGACCUCUGCAUGUUCCUUCCUGUCAGAUUGCAGGGCCAUCUGGAUUGUACAGAGUAUCAGCUUCUGGUUCUAAAACAUCUAUGGUACACAUGCCCACAAGUCUUCAGUCUGGUUACAUGAGUAAUAUUCAGCAAUGUCCUGCUCAGUAUGUAAUCAGCAAGAACUAUACACAGCCAAAUGCUGAGUCAUGGACCACAGGAGAUCUUGCAGACCUUAGAACUCAAGUGCUGGUUCCAAGUGAACUGAAGUUUCACAGUUCUUGCUGUGUGGGAAUUGCCUCUCAUACAUCCCUCAACAUCUUCAACCCUUCUAAACGCUGGCAGCAAGUUUCUAUCUCCACGACAAGCAUAUCUAUUGAUGGAGAAAAGGUGGAGUCUCUUCCAUUCCAGUGGCUGAUAGUAAAGAAUAAGGCCAUAAUUGGACCCAAAUGUUCUGAAGAACAUAAGGUUCUGUUUAUAGCUCCAAAGGCUGGACUGUAUCAGUGUACUCUCAGUGUGUCAUCUUGGCCUGCAUCUGCAGAGUCAGAGACUAUAGCUCAAGCUGAAGCAUUUGCCAAGAAAGUUGUGCUGAUUGCUGUAGCUGAGAACCCAUCAAUUGAGGUAGAUGUUGGAAAGACUGACUGUCUGGACUUCGGUGACUUGGUGGAGGGUAGUACAAAGGCCCUACCACUCAAGCUGGUCAACAGAACUCAUGCCACUGUUCCUGUUCGACUAGUUAUCAGUGCGAAUGCCUCAGCAUGGCAUUGUUUUGGCCUCUCCAAAAGCCCAGUUGCCAUGAGCAUGGAUGGUUCCUUUAACUUUGGCUCAGCAGUGACCUCAAUUUCAACUUCUUCAGUUAUAAACCAUGUGCUGCAUGCCAGUGAUUCAGAGAAUCCAGAAAGGUUCUUGUUGUGGGUUUAUUUUAGUGCCCCUCAGAAUUACAUUUCAAGUUCAGGUGAGUUGGGACCAGCCAAUGAAUACAAUGCACGGGUGGAUAUUGAAGUGGACCGUCCAGGCACAAGUCAUGUGAUCCAGAGUGUAGCCCUGAGGGCAAGGUCAGGCACUCCUAGAGUGCAUGCACCCAAAGACCUACAGAUGGUGUCUCUUCAGGCUGUUUUGGGGCAGACAGCCAAGCAGACUCUUCCCUUAAAGAAUGCAGGCAACAUUGAUGUUCUGCUCAGACUAAAGAGCACUAAUGAAAACUGCUUCUCUGUGAGACCUAAAGAAUUGACUCUGAAAGCUGGGGAGGAGCAAUAUGUAGAGGUUUCCUUUACAGCUCAGGACACACAGAAACACAGAGAGAGCCUGUUGACUAUUCUGGUACUACCCAGUGGACCUCAGUAUGAGGUGAUGCUUAAAGGAGAGUUGGUCCAUGGAGUUUCAAGAAAAGUGGCAUCUACACCUGCUGUAUUAUCACAAGUUGAUGUCCCACUCAUACUCUCCAACAAACAGUCCAUUACAUGGGGAGGGGUUUCUCUAGGCAGAGCAGUGCAACAGAAACUGGUGCUAAGGAACAAUUCACCAACUACAUCACAGCAACUCAGACUUCUCAUCAGGGGUCAAGACCAAGACUGUUUUCAGCUACAGAGUUCGUUUGGGCCAAAUGAGCGACUUGCACGUAACAGAGAGCUGUCAAUCAAGCCUAAAGAGGAUGUGACUGUUCAUCUUCUCUUUGCUCCCACUCGUGUAGCCUCCAUGUUGGCAAAGCUGGAAAUCAAGCAGUCCGCUGCAUGUGCCUCCCAGCCUGGGGUCAAAUUCACAAUCCCUCUAUCAGGCUAUGGAGGCAAAAGCAAUGUAAUUCUGGUGAAUUUGAGGAAACAUUCUGAUGGUUAUGUGGCCACACUGAGAGGGGUACAGUCUGGGCAUGUCAGUAAGCUCUGUAUUUGCGUGCGGAACACGGGCUCACGUGCUGCCUUUGUAAAAGUGGUGUCAUACAGCAGUCUUAAGGAUCAAGCUCUAAUGGACUCAACUGUUAUUAGCUUGUCCCCUUCACAGUUUAUCCUAAAAGAGAGAACGCAGAAGGUCAUUGAAAUAGCGAUGAAGGCCUCAUGCAGAGAGCAAGCUCUCUGCCAGUCUGGUGCAGCACUACUUGCUACUGUCUGCCUCUUUUGUGGGGACGAAGUCUCUCGACAACAGUUUAGAAAGUUACUACAAGUCAAACCGGAAGCAGGGAAUAAAGUACUGUCUGUGAAGAGCUUGUUAAAGAGUGUCCCAUUUGAUGAAAUGUUCCUUGGUGAGGAACAGGUUCUGGAGGCCUGUGAUCUGCCUCUGAGACCAAAUGAAGCACAGACCUUCUAUGGAAACAUGAGAAAAGUAAUGCUGUCACUUUUUGGCACUACGGAGAUCUUUGACUUCAAAGAAAGUGACCAUAUGGAGCCCACCAGACCUUCACAGCGGCACACUUCUGAAUCAGAUAGUUCUUCAUGCAGCAGUCUAGGAUCAUUGAGCCAUUACAUCAGUAAUGUUUCCUUGGAUGUGCUUCCAGUCAAAGGUCCUUCAUUUAGCCCAUCUGAACCUGUUCUGAAAAAAACAGAGCCAAACAUGGAGAAUACGUGGAGCAUCAAGCCUGAACAAAUGGUCCUCACAGUACCCACUAACAACAUUGUGGCUGACCCCAGGCAUGUUCAAAUAAUGAACCAUUCAAACAGAGUGCUGAGCUUUGAGCUGUACUGGCCCGCUCACUGCCUUACCAUCACCCCACAGCAUGGAUUCAUUGAACCGCAGAGCCACUUGCAAAUUCUUGUCAGUACCAAUCCCUCCCUGGCAAACAAAUCCUCCAUACUGCUGUGGAGUGGACAGAUCUAUAUACAGUGUGAUAAUCAACAGAAGUCCAUUAAAGUUCAGAUCCAGCAAGAUCUGGCCAUGGAUGUCUCUACCCCUAUCUAUGCCAUGGAUCGUUCUUUAUGUCCACUACCCCCUCAGACUGAUACCUCCACUGUACCAGGACAGAGUCCUCAGAGCAGCAGCAUUCAGCCUCAGGUUGAGAUCAAGAACCGGACACUGAUUUUCCCUCCAACGGUUUCUGGAGACUCCUCAGAAUGUCAUUUGGAGGUGGAGAAUAAUGGAGGAGAGAUGAGAUGGUACCUCUCUUCAUUUGCUCCUCCAUAUGUGAAGGGCGUCGAUAGAAGUGGAGGUGUUUAUCGUGCAACAUAUACUGCUUUUAGAUGUGGGAAGGUAUCUGGGAUUUUGGGGAACCAGGAGAGCAUGAAGGUUCAAAUUACAUUCCUCCCUCGUGACCAAGGUGAUUAUGCACAGUUUUGGGAUUUAGAAUGCCACCCAGCAGCCAAACCUCAGCACAAAAGUCGUGUUCGCUUCCAGCUGUGUGGUACUGGCAUAAGCACUAAACAAGGAUCCAGUGUUAAGCAAAACUGCUUACCAGUGGAAAAGGAAGAUCGAGUGAAGAUCAGGAAGAGACUGGAGUCUGCAGGCACUAAAACAGAAUCUGCAACUGAGAUGCAAAAGAAAGGUCUCUAUGCACCCCAAAGUCUCUAUACAUUUCCUGCCACGCGUGUUAAUGCCACCAGCGUACUGAAAGUUAACUUCAGAAAUAAUUCCCCCAGCACACAUGAGCUAAAAUUCAUAAGUCCUAAAGAGCCUUUCUACAUCAAACAUUCAAAUUAUUCUCUAAGAUCUCAACACUACAUCAACCUCCCUGUGCAGUUUGUGCCAGAUGCUGUAGGCCAGUUUUCCGGCAUGUUACAUGUUCAGACAGACACAGAUGCUAAAUUUGCCAUAGAGCUCAGCGGAGAAGCCUUGCCAUGAAGACCUUCAUGUUGCCAGCAGCACACACAUCAAGAUAAAGCUAAUAAUGAUUGCACUGUAAACAUUUUUCCCCUUCUGAAUGUUUUGCAAAAACAAAAUGUUUGACUUUGCACCUGUUAAUUAAAGUGGUUUCACCAGUUUAAUAUUCCACUUAUUUGUACAGCUCAAAAAGUGUUAAUUAAUUGCUUUGUGUCUGUGUACCUUUCAUGUUUAUUUUAAAUCAUUUUUGAGAGAAAUAAAACUGCAU